AUGAAGUGGUAUUUUUUAGUCGUAUUUUUGUUUGUUGUAUCAAUAUGUUUGGUGUCUGGAGCAGAUAAGCCUAAAGAUGAUCAUCAUAAGGAUGACCAUGAACAUCAUAAAGAUGAACACGAACAUCAUAAAGAUGACCACGAACAUCAUACAGAUGACCACGAACAUCAUAAGGAUGAUCACGAACAUCACGAUGACCACCAUGAUGAACAUCAUGACGAUAAGCAUAAUGCUGAACAAAAAGAUGGUCACGGUAAAAACGACGAUAAAGAAUCUAAAUCUCUUACAGAAGAAGAACUGGAUGAGCAUGAGAAAAAUAAAGGAAAGGAAAAGGACAUGUCAGAAGAAAAUCAAACAGAGAAUGUUACAUAUAAAGCCACUUCGGCGGUGUAUAUGGACAUAUUGAAACCGGUAGAACACGAAGAAGGUCAUAAAAAUGAAACAGUGAGACUUAUAAUUGGAUUGUUUGAUCAAGAUGUUCCCAAGACAGUACAGAAUUUCCGAGAUCUCUGCACUGGUGCGAAAGGAUUUGGAUACAAGGAUACCCCAAUUCAUUGUAUAUACGCAUCAUUCUUCAUACAGGGUGGAGAUUGGGAAUUUAAGAAUGGAACCGGAGGAAGAAGUACUUUUAAAAAUGAAACAACAGGACAAUACUCUUACUUCGAAGCUGAAAACUAUAAAAUUGAACACAGUGAUGCGGGAUUUGUGACAACAGCUCCCAGGAAGGAAAACGAACACGGGUCGCAGUUCAUCAUUACUUGCGAAGAAUCCAACUGGAUGAAUGAACAUCACGUCGUGUUUGGAAAAGUGCUUGAGGGACAGAAACACAUUAACGAGAUCUCUUUCAUUCACACCGAAGAUAAUAAGCAUGCACCAAAAUAUCCUGUGAUAAUUACCGAAUGCGGGAUUCAUAAUCUGAAGGAACCCGUACUGGUGACAUCGACUAGAACUACCCAUUCACAUUCUGAGUUAUAA